CCACAACAACAGCCGACACCACAGGCCAUCGCUCGUAAGAACAUGUAACUAACGCGAACAUCAUCAUCACGUGCUUAUGAUAUGCCAGCAUCAGCUCGGCCUGUCUCAAAACAUUUCGACGAUAUCUUCCACGCCAAGUUUAUGGAAGUCAUUGCUGACUGGAAGGACGACCCCUCAAGAGGCAGUCUCACUCAGAGGGACCGUAAGACGUUUAUCGAGAAUGCCUACAACGAGACCGAUGAACUUUACUUUAGCAGGCGCCAAUUGUCCGAUCAGGAAAUCAAGCUUCGUGCUCUCACCAAAGUCUUCUACAAAAUCCUUGCAGAAGAGCCGUGGUCUGAAGACUGGAUACGUGCUCCCGAUGUUGAACGCAAACUCUCCAGGUUCGAAAUGCACAGGGACUCCGUCGAGCUGGCUGACAAAUUCAAUGUCCCGACCCCUCGAGAGGCCGUUAGAGCUGCACGUGAGGCGGCUGCAAAGCAGGAGCGGGCUUUGAAAACGGCCACUACUGAGAAGGAGAAGGAAAAGCUGCGCAUCGACCGUGGCCCAUGGGACGACAUUGAGAUCAUAUACAUUCCAGGUACCGUGUCAGCCGCAGCUACCAGCCGACUGAACCGCGAAGACACCUACCCCAUUUCUGUCUCUUCCGUUGCUGCCACUCUUCAGUCCCACAUAUGCAGAGACAUGGUGCGUCCCUUCUCCAUGGCUGAACGCUUUGUCAACUGCUCAGAUACCAGGGAGCUCGAGGAGAUGCGCGACUUCGCCUGCAACGUCUGUGACUACUGCCCUCACCUUCUCGAUAAUGACAACGUCAGUCUGCUAGUUGUUCUUCUCAUCUUAUCGCGAUCAGAUGUCUGCAGACGCUGGGAAAACAACGGCAUUCGCAUCGAAGGCUCCACCAUCAGCCAUCGCAAGUCUGAGUGCAUGAAGAACAAGCUAGGCUGGAAUACCACCGAGCUGAAGAAGCCGUUCGAUAGCUUCGCAUCCGAGUUCCAAACCCGUGUGAAAAACGCUUGUUUCCCAGCUCCUCGAGCGCAGCGCGGAGGCGGUCCUAAGAACAAAGGCCCGCGCAAGUCCUCGACCCCUGCGACUCCAUCAACACCAAACGGCUAUGGUCCUCCACCCGUAUGGGGCUACAUGCACUCCCCUCAGAUCCGCCAGGACGGCGUGAAUUGCGGUAUCAACAUUCCCGCGUCGACUGUACAGGCCAUGUACAAGCAGCCCACCGUGCCUGGUCCUGACGCGAUCCAUCAGCCUACUGCGAGCGACGCCGCUCGUGGCGACGCCGGUGGUCCCAUGGAUCUAUCUUAAACUCCAUCUUGCAUACUCUGCGUGCGGACUUGUACACUACUUGCAUCUUCUUGGCGUACGGCUUUUGGCUUAGGCCUGCAUUUACAUGUUGUCGUCGAUGGCGAACAAAAACAGCGAGGAUACGAUGGCGUUUUGUUUUGAUCAUGGUCCACGUCAGAAACGACUUACCUUCCCGAUACAGCGGCGCUAGCGAGAAUCGCUAUGCACUCGAAGCAUGUACAUCAAUGCACAUUUUCUUGACACAGUGAUGCUCUCGUGGUCUGCUAUUCUUAGCAACACUAACGGAUGACGCUCUGCAAGGAAGAAGCUCGUUUUCAAAGACCAACCGCUAACAAAGAAACUAUCUAAGCUCGCUCUGCUGUACGCUAUAAUACAACAGCAUAGCAGG